AUGCGAAAAACUCGCUUAUUUCUUCUAUUUACAUCAUCCUUACUCUUAUUUUUCCUGAUAACAACACUCUUUCAGUUUUGGUAUGAAAAUUAUUAUAACCCAUUUCCGGAUUGGCAUCCGCUAGAACCUCCAAUAGACACUACAGCACAAGAACGCGCCGAAUAUGUAAAAGAAGCGUUCGUGCACUCGUUUAAUGGAUAUAAACAGCAUGCCUGGGGGUAUGAUGAAGUUCGUCCCGUGACAGGAUCUACUAGAAAUACGCGUAACGGGUGGGCGGCUACUAUUGUAGAUAGCUUAGAUACAAUGAUACUUAUGAACCUUACGAAGGAAUAUGAAUUAUCUCGAGAACUUGUCUCGCGAAUCGAUUUUAAAAAAACAUCUGAUCUAGUGAACGUAUUUGAAACGACAAUUCGAUAUAUAGGUGGACUAUUAGCCGCAUAUGAUCUUACAGGCGACAACUUAUAUCUUGACAAAUCAAUCGAGCUAGCAGUUCAGUUAUUACCAGCUUUUGACACGCCAACAGGUAUCCCAUUUCAAUAUGUCGAUCUAAAAAAAAAGACCGCAGUUCAUAGUCGAUUUCCUGGUAAAGCAUCUGCCUUGUCCGAAUUUGGCUCGUUGCAACUUGAGUUUCGGCGAUUAAGUGAAUUGAGUGGGAACCCUAUAUUUUUAAAUAAGGCUCAACGAAUAAUCGAUAUUUUGCAAUCGAAGUCUACAGAGUUGCCCGGCUUGUAUCCGGUAUUUAUGGAUCCAUUAAAUGGAAAAUUCACAACUUCAUGGAUUACAUGGGGUGGAUUAGGAGAUAGUUUUUAUGAGUAUUUAUUAAAACAUUACAUUAUGGUUGAAGGCACCCUUGAUCAAUAUCUUGAUAUGUGGUUACUUGCGAUUGAUUCGACCAAAAAAUAUUUAAUAUCUACAGGAUUUGGGUUCUCAAAUAUGACGUAUCUGAGUCAGUGGUGGGAAGGAAAACCGUAUUAUGAGAUGUCGCAUUUGGCAUGUUUUGCCCCCGGAAAUUUCCUAUUAGGCGGUCAUAUUCUAAAAAAUGAUACUUUAAUUGAACUAGGACUUAAUUUAACUUACACAUGCUACCUAUCUUACGAAAGCACCAACACAAAGGUCGGCCCUGAAGAAUUUGCGUAUGUCGGGGCUAAUGAGGCACGUAGUCUGCGAUGGAAUAGGAAACAAAGAAAUUCUUAUUUUUCGAAGGGAAUCUUUGUGACUGAUGGACAUUACUAUUUGAGACCAGAGGUUAUUGAAAGCAUAUUUUAUGCAUAUCGAAUAACGGGGGAUAAAAAAUAUCAGGACUGGGGUUGGAAUAUUUUCAGAGCAAUAACCAAAUACUGUAGGACACCUAUAGGAUUUUCGGGUGUUAGGGAUGUGACGAAUUUGAAGCGUCGUUGGGAUAAUAUUGCAGAGAGUUUUUGGUUUGCAGAAACACUCAAGUAUUUAUACUUGCUAUUUAAUGAAGAGGAUUUACUCCCGUUUGAUCAGUGGGUGUUAAAUACCGAAGCUCACCCUUUUAGGAUUGGCGGGAAAAAACCAGCGUCGAGCAGACAAGAAGGUUAA